AUGUCCUCCGGUGAAGAGGACGGCUCGCCCGGCGGGCGCUCCAAGCCCAGCGCGCCGAAGAAGCGACGCGUGGCGUUGGCCUGCGAUAUGUGUCGCAAACGGAAGGUGGGUGGCGACGGCAAGCAGCCGAAAUGUACGAGCUGCUCAACAUACAACUGGGACUGCUCCUAUGUCGAUGCCACAAAGAAAUUCCAGCGCGGAUAUGUCGAAGCGCUCGAGGCGAAGAAUCGGAAGUUAGAGGCCUUGAUCAAGCGGCUACACCCAGAUGAAGACUUUAGUCAGGAGGUCGGAUUCCGUUUAACUCGCGAGAACUGGACGCAGAAAGGUGUCUUGGGCGAGAACGAGCCAUCUGAGCCGUCCGCCUUUGCACCUACCGAGCCGCCUCCCAAGUCACCAGUCGCUGUAUUCGUCGGUGGUUCAAAUCACCCGUGCAAGCCUAAGAACCACUCUCCGAACGAUGACUUCGAGCCCUCGGACGACGACGAGAACAUGUCGACAAAGUUGGGUAACUUGACGAACGACUUCAAAUCCUUGACCGUCGGUGGCUUCCACGGGAAGAGUUCGGGCGCGCGGCUUAUCAAGGCCGCAAUUCGGGCGAAGGAGGAGAAGGAUGGGACGCGAAUAGACAAGAAGAGCGUCAUGUCAUUCCAGAGACCGCAGUUCUGGAGGUUGAGCAGGUGGGAACGUGAAACAUACGAAACAAAGCGCGCAAGCUACACGUUCCCAGAAGGCGACCUUCUGUUUCAGCUUUUCGACCUCUAUUUCCAGCACCUCAACACCGUGCUUCCCGUACUACAUCGACCAACGCUAGAAGCGGCUGUGAUAUCCGGCUCACAUCUGGUAGAUGAGGCGUUGGGUGGAGUGGUGCUACUAGUCUGCGCGAAUGGAGCACGGUACAGCAUGGAUCGGCGCGUGGUCUUCGACUACGACGAUGGGUGGCAAUCUGCGGGCUGGAAGUACUUCCAGCAAGUACGCAUCGCGAGUAAGAGCCUCGUCUCGAGCUCCCGAUUGUGCGACUUGCAGAUAGCUUGUCUUGGUACCAUGUACCUCAUGGGAUGCUCCGCAGCGCACGCGUGCUGGAACCUCUGCGGAAUUGGGAUCCGUCUGGCUCAAGAUGUUGGGGCGCACCGGCGCAAAGUCUACAGUCGGACGCCGACGGCGGAAGACGAACUCUACAAGCGCGCAUUCUGGGUUCUCGUCGUCUGCGACCGGUGGCUGAGUUCCGCGCUUGGACGGCCAUGCGCUAUCCAAGAGGAAGACUUCGAUCUGGAAAUGCCCAUAGACUGCGACGAUGAAUACUGGGCGCCACCCAACCCAGAUGAAGCCUUCAAGCAACCUGCUGGGAAGCCGUCGAAGAUGACGGCGUUCAUCUGCCAACUCAAGCUCUGUCAGGUUCUCGGUUUUGCUCUCCGCACUAUCUAUACGAGUAACAAAGCCAAGGCUCACUUCGGUUUCAUUGGUCCUGACUGGGAACAGAAAACCAUCACCGGCUUUGAUUCCAUCCUCAACAGAUGGGCAGACCAAGUGCCAGAAUACCUGCGUUGGGACCCUAAUCGCAAGGACGACGUUCUCUUCAUGCAGAGCGCGCAUUUGUGGUCACAAUAUUAUGACCUACAGAUUGUCAUCCACCGACCUUUCAUCGCCGCACGUAUAUCUACACCACUCGCAUACCCAUCCCUUGCCAUCUGCACCAACGCCGCCCGAAGCGCAGCUCAUGUCAUCGGCGCCACGCAAGUUCGCUUCCCGAACCUCGUCUUCCCACAUCUGCACAAGGCUGCGUUCUCAGCCGCCGUGGUGCUCUUGAUCGGCGUCUGGAAUGCGGCACGAUACAAGUCCAGUACGCUCAAGCCGGAGAAGGAAAUGGUUGAGAUACAGAAGUGCCUCGAUACUCUGAAGGCUCUCGAGACAAGGUGGCAUGCCGCCGGUCGUCUAUGGGAUAUCCUUCAUUCACUUGUUUCCGUCGGCACCCUCCCCGCGCCUGAAGACAUGUGGCCUAAAGGCAACAUGUUGAAACGACCGCACGAAGACUCAGCUGCGGCAGCGGCUGGCGCCUCACCACAGACAACGAACUCCACUCCCUCCUCCCUCAGCCAUAUGUCUGACACCUUCGCGAGCUCUGCUUCGAGCAAUCCUGACUCCCUCUUCUCCGGUUCUCUCGGUGGAAGGUCCGAUACCUUCUUCGGUUCCGAAAACAGCGUAUUCGCGGGUUCUUCGCCUGACUCUGGCAACCUCCCCACUUUCCCUGGUAGCGAUAACAUGUUCGCCGGAAUGUUGGCCAGGGCGGGAGGUUUAUCACCUUCAGCAGCAGGCUCGACUGGCGAGCGUCCCAUCGCAGGCGGAAGCCGAGUGCAGGCUACUCAGCAGUCUGACCGAGUUUUACCGAUACGUAGCGACGAGCUCGGUCGGAUGGACGCCAGCGACCCUAUGCUCUCGUGGAACAUCGACCCAUUCGCCCUCACCGAGCAAGGUCCUUCUACUACCGGCUCGGGAGAGGCAGGACCAUCCUCGAUGUCGACCAUGCCCACAUUCACCCAAGCCGACGCCAACAUGUCGUUCUUCCCCACGAGCUCACCGGCGGGUCAGCAAGAGUCGCAAUCUUCGGCUCCCGCGCAGCAAGGUGGUGGGCAAAUGGACCUUGGCGCUCUGUUCGGGCUGGGUGAAGGCCAAGGUCUGACGCCGCAGAGUCAACCUCAAUUAGACUCGAACCAGUCGAACAUGUUGGAUGAGCUCUUGCAGGGCGUGACGACGCCUUCAGGAGGGCUGGGAGGUUCGGGCGCUAUGGAUGUCUGGUCCGGGGCCGGGAAUGCACUACCAGACUGGUACUGGAUGUAUGCGCUGUCCAAUCCCCAACCAGAGCUGCAGAUGCAGCAGGACGAGUGA